AUGGCAGAGCAUCAUCCACUUCCCGCGCUGCCUCCCCAGCACCAGCAGCCAAACCAACAAUUUUACCACGACCAAGCCGCCGACUCGUACGACGAGUCAGCACAUAUUCCCUCCUACCAACACUACCAGUACGACCAGCCGCCGCCGCCGCUUGCAGGACCACCGACUCGCGCUCAACCUCGAACCCAAAGCCCGGCACAGAAGCAACCGCAGUCUCCCCAUAGACGACCCAGAACAUUCAGUUUCCAGUCAAACAAGUCUCACAAGAGCUCGGGGAGUCAUAACAAGAUUGACUUACACGAGAGUCAUCAAGAGAAGGAAGCAAAGAGAUUACACAGCAAAGCUGAUCCCACCGUCGCCAUGAGCGAGGCCGAACCUUCCGCCGUUCAGGCAAUGACGAAAACCUCCCUGGCGCCGUUGCGUGCCAUCCAGCACAAGGACACAACCGGCAACCCCAUCACCGAGCCCGACCGAUCCAACCCGACUCGUAGUCGAUGGGAGCGACCUCUGGAUACUAUCCGUAGUUUCGAAGCUGCCAUUGACGGAGGCUACCGCGACCGUGACCGCCGCCAAUCAUACCGCUCAGACGCCGAGUCUGUUGCGACAUGGAACCGGCGGAGCAGUUACUAUGCUACCAGCGGACCACGACAUCCCCAUGACAGCUAUUAUGGCGGGCGCCCCGGUUCCUUCAGGCCCGAGAGCGGCCAAUUCGAGGUUGCAUCCAACCGCCAGAGCUAUUAUGACCCGUACCACAACGGCGGCGGUGGUGGCGGAGGAUACCACAAUGGCAACGUUCCCUACCGUCAGAGAGUACCCAGGACACAGGCCGACCCGCACAUGAAUGGCUUUGGUCGUGGCGACCAGAACAUCUAUCCUCUCCCUAACAAGGACCGCUCGUACGAAACUGUCACGUCGGCAGCCGGAAGCGGAACCUCGGCAGAGCAUGCCGGCUAUCAUACCGACCCGACUAGUAGCGACAACAGUUCCAUCGAGCGAGCCCCAGCCCCCAAGCCUCAGCCCGUCAACGACUACGGUAUCGAUUUCGCCCAGGGGCAAUCUUAUCAACCACCUUCCUUCAAUCACGAGAAUGGUACACCGAACGGUCUGCAGAGCGACAAAGGCCACGCUCAUUCCUCUGUGAAACAAGGCCCUCAGAUUUCCGACAAGGGCGCCAAUGUGCUGCGGAGACCGGUCGCGGCUCCACCUCAGCAAAAACAGCAGCAGCCGCAGCAACGACCAGAAGCGCCGGUCAAGCGGAAAAGCUGGUUUUCCCGCAGAUUCAGCAAGGCAUCCUGA